AUGGCGGAGGACCCCCCGCCUCCCGCGGACAAGAUGACGGACGACGACGCCGACGCGCUCCGCGACCUCGUGAUCGACCUCCGCAGGACGCUCCCCGACCCGACCGCGCGGGACAUCGCCGACGCGAUCGCGUCCAUCGCGGAGGACGACGACGCGGACGGCGCGACGCGGCGCGUCGCGUCGCUCGCGACCGCGAACCGCGUCAAGAAGCUCAACACGAGGCUAAACAAGGAGACACGCGAGAAGGAGUCGCGCGACAUGCUCGAGCCGGACGAGACGGACGGCCCGCUCGUCCUCGAGGAGCUCAUUGAGUGGCCAUCGGAGACGUCGCUGCGCGAGCACCUCGCGGAGGAUCUGAGCGCGAACGUCUUCCGCGCGAGCGAGCGCGCGCGUCGCGUCGCGGCGGACGGCGAGGGCGAGGGCGAGGACGCCGCGACGAGCACGUCUCUGGAGUACAGGCGCGCGCUGUGCGAGCUCGCGGGGUUCCACGACGCGAAGUACGUCCUGUGGACGCUCACGGACGAGGACGAAACCUCGGAGGUGCGUCCCAUGCACUGGUCCCCAUACGACCGCGUCGGCGCGGUGAACGCCCUGAUGCUGGUGUGCGACGGCGUGCGACGGUGGCGUCGCGACGGCGGCGGCGGCAAAGCGAAGGGCGGCGGCGACGGCGACGGCGCGUCCGAAGUCCGCGCGGUGUUCGUCGUGGACUUUCUUCGCGGGAACCCGCGCAGCGGCGCGCACAAGAGGGCGCUCGCGGCCGCGAAGGCGAAGCACGCGGGGGAGAUGGGCAAGGCGCGCGCGAGCGCAGCCGCGCAGGACGUCUUCGAGACGCACCUGAGGCGCAACCGGCACUACGACGAUAAAUAUGCCGCCGCCGGGGACGCCGCCGGGGACGGCGCGAGAGACGCGGAGACGCCGCGGCGGUCGUACGUCGUGACGCCCGCGCCGGAGUGGUUCCGAUGA